AUGCAGAUGCAGAGGCAGAGGAGGCAUCCAGGACGACUAGGGGCCUUUUCAGUGGUGCGCCGCUGUGUCAAACUCUGCACAGGCCAAGAGUAUGCCGCCAAAAUCAUCAACACCAAAAAGCUCUCGGCCAGAGAUCAUCAGAAACUGGAAAGAGAAGCCAGGAUCUGCAGAUUGCUUAAGCACCCCAACAUUGUUCGUCUCCAUGACAGUAUCUCUGAGGAAGGUUUCCACUAUCUCCUCUUUGACCUGGUGACAGGAGGGGAGCUGUUUGAGGACAUUGUGGCCAGGGAGUACUACAGUGAAGCAGAUGCCAGUCAUUGCAUCCAGCAGAUCCUGGAGGCAGUGCUUCACUGCCAUCAGAUGGGGGUGGUACACAGAGACCUCAAGCCAGAGAACCUGCUGUUGGCCAGCAAGUGUAAGAACGCAGCUGUGAAGCUGGCCGACUUCGGACUGGCUAUUGAAGUUCAAGGAGACCAGCAGGCUUGGUUUGGCUUUGCAGGGACUCCCGGCUACUUGUCUCCAGAGGUGCUGAGGAAGGAGGCGUAUGGUAAACCUGUAGACAUCUGGGCAUGUGGUGUGAUCCUCUACAUCCUUUUGGUUGGGUACCCUCCGUUCUGGGACGAGGACCAGCACAAACUCUACCAGCAGAUCAAGGCUGGGGCGUACGAUUUUCCCUCCCCAGAGUGGGACACAGUGACUCCAGAGGCUAAAAAUCUGAUCAACCAGAUGUUGACUAUCAACCCAGCCAAGAGAAUCACUGCCCAGGAGGCUCUGAAGCACCCGUGGGUCUGCCAACGCUCAACAGUGGCCUCCAUGAUGCACAGACAGGAGACAGUCGAGUGCCUGAAGAAGUUCAACGCCAGAAGGAAACUCAAGGGUGCCAUUUUGACCACCAUGCUUGUCUCCAGGAACUUCUCUGUGGGUCGACAGACUACAGCUCCUGCUUCCGUCAGCAAUGUGCCAGGAUCCACCGCUGGCAUCGUCGAACAAGCCAAGAGUCUCCUCAACAAGAAGGCUGAUGUCAAGCCGCAGACAAACAGCACGAGAAACAGCAUAGUCACCAGUCCCAAAGGCAACAUCCCCUCUGCUGCACUGGAGCCUCAGACUACUGUUAUCCAUAAUCCAGUAGAUGGGACCAAGGAAUCGUCUGACAGCAGCAACACCACCAUUGAGGAUGAAGAUGUGAAAGCUCGCAAACAGGAGAUCAUAAAGAUCACAGAGCAGCUUAUUGAAGCCGUCAACAAUGGAGACUUCGAGGCUUACGCGAAGAUCUGCGACCCCGGUCUGACCUCGUUUGAGCCGGAGGGUCUGGGUAACCUGGUGGAGGGGAUGGACUUCCACAGAUUUUACUUUGACAACCUCCUCUCCAAGAACAGCAAACCCAUCCACACCACCAUCCUCAACCCUCACGUGCACAUGAUUGGAGACGAUGCCGCCUGCAUUGCCUACAUCCGCCUGACGCAGUUUGUGGAUGGACAGGGCCGCCCCCGCUCCAGCCAAUCAGAAGAGACUAGGGUAUGGCAUCGCAGGGAGAGUCGGUGGCAGAACGUCCACUUCCACUGCUCAGGAGCUCCUGCUGCUCCGCUGCAGGGUUGAGCUAUUUGGACGAGCAUAAAAGGAACGAGUGGAUAAC